GCAUUUUAUUUUUCUCUCUUCCUAACUCCGUCGUACUCUCAUUGCAUCUCAACCCUAUAAUCUGUAUCUUCUCAAAUAUAGUGAAACUGACUCUUUUCUGUCCGUAGACUAACUAACACAAUUGUUUUAGUAAAUCACGUAAAUCUUUUUUUUUUUUCAUUGUUGGUUAUCUGGAUUUGUUUUAACAGAAUGACUUCCUUAAAAUUUCACAUUGUUGAUUAAAAAAAAUCAUAAUGUUAAAAAUAUACCACUCAGUCAUACCUAAACCAACCUAGUUAGUUGCCUUCUCUUUUUCCAGACAGGCGUUGGACACAAUGAAGAAGAGUUCUUUUGGAAUUGGAGUCCCACAAAUAGGAAAUUCAAAAUCAAAGGGGUCCCGUACUAAAGAAGGAACAUCUAUUAUUUGAGGUGGUCAAACUCAUGCUUUGUGUUUAACGAAAGAAGAGAGAAAAAUAGACGGGGAAUGAUGAGUGAAAACAGGCUAAUUAGUCGUCUCUCCCAAAACUCACAACGUCCCCCCUUGUGUCCUCCAUUAGACUCAGUCCAAGCUUCAUUUCCAAUCUCCUCCCUCACUAUUUUUGGCAAAGAAAUGGAGAGCUCUGUUUUGGUGGAAUUAACAAAACUUCUCUAACCUCUCCCAGCGAUUCCUCCUGCUAAACUAGUGAGAAAUUCACUACACACUUCUUUUCUUCUUCUGAUUCUUGAAGAAAAAUGAACUAAAAGAAAAAAGGAAAGGACAAUAAGAUCGAUAUAUUAUAUAUCAACUUUCCAUCUUCCACUUUCGCUUUCCACUUAUCUUGCUCCCCAUUGUAGUAAAGUUUGCGACUUUUGCUGCCUAUAAUCGCCAUUUCUUCUUUUAACGACCACCAUUGAUGAAGCAUCAGUCGCUCGCCGAGGUAAAUCCCCAGCGCAGUAGAGCCAAUUGCCGAUGCGAUGACAUCAGCAAUCAUCUCCCGGACUGGAUGCCUUUGCUACUAAGGUGAUCUUAGCGUAGCUCGAUCUCCUCCCGUCUUCAUAAAGGUUCAAUCUUUUGUUGAUCAAUUCCAUCAUUUAGUCGGUUUGGUGCAUCUCUUAACAAAAAGAAAGAAAAAUGGCGAAGGACUACGGUGGAUCGCCGAAAGCCCACCAGCUCGAGUCGAAAAGAAGGCGCCUGACAUGGAUCCUAGGCGUUAGCGGCCUCUGCGUGCUCUUCUACAUCAUGGGCGCCUGGCAGAACACCGCAGGCCCUCCCAAGGCUCGCGUCGGAGUGAAAACCAGAGAAGAUUGCGAAAACUCGGCAGCAAACAAGAACAACAACAAUCUCACAGCCUCCACGUCACCGUUAACAUCACCAACGGAACUGGAUUUUGAGAGCCAUCACCAGAUCGAGAUCAGCGAUUCGAGCGCGACGAAUAAAGAUUUCCCGCCCUGCGAGAUGGCCUACAGCGAGUACACUCCCUGCCAGCACCCUCCGAGGGGAAGAAAAUUCGACAGGGACAUGUUGAAAUACAGGGAGAGGCACUGCCCUACAAAAGAAGAGCUCUUGUUCUGCAUGAUCCCCGCUCCGCCAAAGUACAAGACUCCAUUCAAGUGGCCAGAGAGCCGUGACUACGCGUGGUACGACAACAUCCCGCACAAGGAGCUGAGCAUCGAGAAGGCCGUGCAGCACUGGAUCCAGGUCGAGGGCGAGCGGUUCAGGUUCCCUGGGGGAGGGACCAUGUUCCCCCGUGGUGCCGAUGCCUACAUUGACGACAUCGGUAAACUCAUCCCGCUCACCGAUGGCAGCAUCAGAACCGCCAUCGACACAGGCUGCGGAGUUGCGAGUUGGGGCGCGUACCUGUUGAAGAGGAACAUCUUGGCAAUGUCGUUUGCUCCAAGGGACACACAUGAAGCCCAAGUCCAAUUCGCACUGGAAAGAGGAGUUCCAGCUAUGAUUGGUGUAAUGGGCUCCCAGAGGCUUCCUUACCCAGCAAGAGCUUUUGACAUGGCUCACUGCUCUCGCUGCUUAAUACCUUGGUUUCAAUAUGAUGGGCUGUACCUGAUCGAAGUGGAUAGAGUAUUGAGGCCCGGUGGGUACUGGAUCCUGUCUGGGCCUCCAAUCAACUGGAAGAGGUAUUGGAAAGGGUGGGAGAGAAGCAAGCAGGAUUUGAAGCAAGAGCAGGAUGCGAUUGAGGAUGUAGCCAAACGAUUGUGCUGGAAGAAAGUGGCUGAGAAAAACGAUCUCUCGAUAUGGCAAAAGCCUAUGAACCACUUUGAGUGUGUCCAGAAUAGGAAGGUCUACAAGACUCCUCAUAUGUGCAAGUCCGACAACCCGGAUGCAUCAUGGUACAAGAACAUGGAAACAUGCAUAACUCCACUGCCGAAUGUGAACGGACCCGACGAAGUAGCCGGCGGCGCGAUAGAGAAAUGGCCGGAGAGGGCCGUUGCCGUCCCGCCGAGAAUCGCGAGCGGCUCGAUACAGGGAAUCACAGUCGAGAAAUUCAACGAAGACAACGAGGCGUGGAAGGGGAGAUUGAGUCACUACAAGCAGAUCAUCAACCCUCUGGCUCAAGGGCGGUACCGCAACGUCAUGGACAUGAACGCGUACCUCGGUGGAUUCGCCGCCGCGUUGAUCAAGUACCCCGUGUGGGUUAUGAACGUCGUCCCCGCCGGUUCGGAUCGCGACACUCUCGGUGCGAUCUACGAGCGAGGGUUCAUCGGGACGUAUCAGGACUGGUGCGAGGCCUUCUCCACGUACCCGAGGACGUACGAUCUCAUCCACGCAGCUGGCGUUUUAAGCAUUUACCAGGACAGGUGUGACAUUACUAUGAUUCUACUGGAGAUGGACAGGAUCCUGAGGCCAGAAGGGACGGUGAUAAUUAGGGAUACGGUGGAUGUGUUGGUGAAAGUUCAGGGCAUAACAAAUAGAAUGAGAUGGACGAGCCAGAUUAUGGACCAUGAGAGUGGACCGUUUAAUCCAGAGAAAAUCUUAGUUGCUGUCAAGACUUAUUGGACAGCUCAAGGUCAAGAGUUACCGAAACAGAAUUAGUAGUAUCAACUUAUGCCCUUACUUUCUGCAUACACAUAUUAGGCAUGUAACUGGUUACAAAAUCAAUCAAAAUUUUGUCUCUGCACUUGCUGCUUCCCCUUUUCUUAUGGCGUUGUCUCUCAAGAUAUUAGUUACUUCGCUUUGGUUAUAGGAGUGGCUAACCUUGCACUUAACCUCAAUGUAAGGGUGGCAGUUCAGUUAUCGGUUAACCGAAAUAACCACCUCCUACCGAAAAUCGAUCGAAACAGGCUUCGAUUUCUCGGUUAUCAGUUAAUCGAACCACUUUUAAGACUAUAAAUCAUUUCGUCCACCCUCUGAUAUCCGAUAACCGGUAACGAACUCCCACCCCUACCUCGAUGCAGUCAUCAGAAGUAUGUUUCGUCCUAGAUACUGCCAGGGUGUGAACUUUGUCAGUAUUUCAAUUAGAUAACUGGACACUUACAUUUCACGCAUUAAGCAAAUUUUGAAAGUUUUUGGAGCGAUUUUAGAAGUUGAAAAUUUUGCGUAAUUAAUAAUUGGGCAUCCGAACACGAGGCUCAACAAGUUCCUCGUGAUAAAUGAAGACUUUUUUUUUUAUAAUGAUAAAUGAAGACUUUCACAUGGAGGUUGUGUUGGUAAAGUGGUAGCGAACGUAAAAAGUAUUUUUAGUACGAUUCAAUAUUUACAUUUUACUGAGUUGAAAAUCGAAAAUGAUCUCAGCGAUCAAUUAUCGCGAAUUCUUUUAUUCAAGGAUUCGUAAUUAAAGUCGGAAAGAAGUCAAGAUAUAAAAUAGGAAGACACGAGAAUCCAAUCGAAUAUUUGUAAGGUGUGAGAUAGGUCAUAGGAGGAUUCAGGAUUGAAGAUAGAGGAGACGUUGACAGACCGCCGAUCGGAGACCACAAAAUGUGAUUAUUUAGGAUUCUUGGUGAAUUUCUGGUCCUAGAUCAAGCAGAACUGGCCCAACAGCUCAGGAAAAGGACGCAGGCGGGUGUUAAAUACGUUUCGGGAAAGACGAAUGGGUCGAUCGCACGCACUUCGCACAUCAUUAAUUUGAUGGCUCUAGUCGGCCAUUUUUUUCCUUCCUUACUACUGUGGAUUUCGUUACUUUGAGAAAGUCUUUUGGCAUUUAAUUGCCGACUGGCGAACCAUAUGUCACAGAGAAAGGGAACCAUCUGGAUGGUGGGAUCGACGUGGAAAGACUACCGGUGGCGGUGUGUGGGUUUCUGACGAGUCACCAUCGUGAUAUUUAACCGCUCAAACACUGAACUGGAACUUGAAAGUGAGGAGAACAAGUGACUAACGGUCAGACUUUGGCGUCCGGCGGGCGAAUUUCAGUGACGGACUUGUCUCAGCCGCCAGGGUCGUUUACCGGUGGCCGGCAAAGAAUUGCCAUCACAUUCACCGGCGGCGGAUUCAGAGAUUGCUAAUAUAUUCCAAAGACUAGUCACUGGAAUUUCGUCGGCUUGGUUGGUGGCGGAAAAUCGACCACGAUAGUCAUUUGAGACAUAUUGUAUAUGUGAAAAUUACUAAUGACAAAUUUAUGAGGAAAUAAUAACUUUCUUAUCGACAUGAGGUGCACGAAGGGAUUGAUAUCAAAAAUCAAUACAAAAUACAACAUUGAUUUCUCAUCCUGACAAAGGACAAUUACAGGGAAAUAAACCUAGAUACGAUAGAACAUACAAAUGAUGAGUUGUUUAAGAACUCAAUAAAUAUCUACAAGUACUAUAUUCUCAAAAAAAAUCCCGAGUUGCUUUGAAAACUUAUGGUUUACUAAUGUGUACAAGUUUUUGAGAGUAUGUAUUUCUUUUAAUGAACUGCAAUUCUAUGA